AUGGCCGACGCCGCGUCGCUGCUCGCGCUGGCGCAGACCGACGUGUGGGAGGAGAUCCCGGCGUCGGCGUACGGGCCGGCGCUGCAGGCGGCGCCGUUCGUGCAGGUUGAGGGGGCGUUCAACGCGCGGGACGUGGGGCUGGUGCCGGGGAGCCCGGUGCGGGCGGGGUUCGCGUUCCGGUCGGGGGCGCUGGCGGGGGUGGGGGCGGCGGGGGCGGCGACGCUGGCGCGGGGGCUGGGCGUGCGGCGGGUGUUCGACCUGCGGUCGGCGGGGGAGCGCGCGCGGGCGCCGGACCCGGCGGCGCACCUGGCGGGCGCGCACGGCGUCGACCUCGUGUGGCUGCCCAGCGCGCGGCCCGACACGACGCCGGACCUGGCGCGCUUCGCCGCCGGCGCCGGCGAGGCCGCCUACCGCGAGAUGUACCUCGAGGUCGUCGACGUGUACCGCGCCAGCUGGCGCGCGGUGCUCGAGCACGUGCGCGACCGCCCGGCCGAGCCCUUCCUCGUGCACUGCACCGCCGGCCGCGACCGCACCGGCGUGCUCGCCGGCCUCCUGCUCGCGCUCGCCGGCGCCCCCCGCCACGCCGUCGUCCUCGACUACCUCCUCUCCCGCAUCGGCACCGAGCCCGUCCGCCCCAUGCUGCUCCAGUUCGCCCUCGCCGGCUCCCGCGCCCGCUCCCCCGACGACCCCGGCUUCUACAACCUCGUCAGCCUCCGCGCCGAGUGCUGGGACGCCUUCGCCGCCGGCGUGCAGGAGGUCUACGGCGGCUUCGAGGCCUUCGUCGCCCGCGAGCUCGGCUUCUCCCCCGACGACAUCAAAACUAUCAAGGAGAACCUUAUCAAGCCACCCGCGUGA